CAGUAGCUCAGUCAGUCGCAGUCGAAACAUUGAUGGCGCUUGGUGUACCGUGUCGCGGAGCUGCUACAUAACCCCGCACAUCUGUGUAUACAUCGAUACAUUGAAUUAUAAUACUUGAUUGUUCGAUAAAGUGUACGUUUAGAACAAUUGUUAUAAACCGAAGCAACCAUGGGUUCGACUCUUCAAGACCAGAUCAAGGCCCAGGGCGACUUAGUCAGGAAUCUCAAAAGCGCCAAGGCCGAUCCGAGCAAGGCAUUUACAGAACAUCUAGCAGAAAUUGAUAGAAUUUUAGCAGCUAAAAGUUACAUUAAUGGCUGGACACCUUCAGACAGAGAUGUACAACUUUAUAACUUUUGUUGUUCUUAUGGGAAUGGAGACUAUAACAGUUUUCCUAAUUUAAAGAGAUGGUUUAAUCAUAUCAAAAGUUUUAGUUCUGAGGAACAGUUAAAAUUCUUAAAGUCAAAUCGUACUAAUCAUGAACUAGAUAAAAUUAUUAGUUUUCUUGUCACGUUGUCACACAAAAAUAUUGAUGAAAAGAUAAAACAAGAAGUGGACAUACUACUGAAACUGAAAGCAGAAUUAGGCGAUAACAAUGCAACCAGUUCACAGAAACUUCAGCUCAAAACACCAAAAGGCACACGGGAUUACAAUCCUGAACAAAUGGCCUUGCGUUUGUCAGCUAUGGACAAAAUUGUUUCUAUUUUCAAGAAACACGGUGCUGAAACUAUAGAUACUCCAAUCUUUGAAUUAAAGGAGGUGCUCACAGGAAAAUAUGGUGAAGACUCCAAAUUAAUUUAUGAUCUGAAAGAUCAAGGAGGUGAAAUACUUGCCUUGAGAUAUGAUUUAACAGUUCCUUUUGCACGUUACUUGGCAAUGAACAAAAUUGCUUCUAUUAAAAGGUACCAAAUAGCAAAAGUUUACAGAAGAGACAACCCAGCCAUGACCAAAGGAAGAUAUAGAGAAUUUUAUCAAUGUGAUUUUGAUAUUGCUGGACAAUAUGAUCCUAUGUUACCUGAUGCAGAAUGUUUGAAAAUCAUUUAUGAGGCUCUCAACACUUUGGAUCUAGGACCUUUCUCUAUCAAAGUUAAUCACAGAUGCUUGCUGGACGGUAUUUUUGCAGCAUGCGGAGUUCCAGAAGAUAAGUUCCGUACCAUAUGCUCUGCUGUUGAUAAACUUGACAAAAGUCCAUGGGAAGAAGUAAAAAAAGAAAUGGUAGAAGAGAAAGGUUUGGAUGAAAAGAUAGCUGAUAAAAUUGGUGGCUAUGUAUCCAGAAAUGGUGGUAGAAAUUUGGUAGAGGAAUUGAGGAAAGACGAAGAUCUGAUGAAGCAGCCCUCUGCAGUUCAAGGCAUAGAUGCUAUGGACCUAUUACUCAAAUACUGUGAAUUAUUCAAAGUUAUGGACAAUGUAGUUUUUGAUCUCAGUUUAGCGAGAGGCUUAGACUACUAUACUGGUGUUAUUUAUGAAGCUAUUCUGACUGGUGACGAUGUCGGUGUGGGGAGUGUAGCAGGUGGAGGACGCUACGACAAUCUCGUCGGUAUGUUCGACCCCAAAAGCAGAUCGGUUCCAUGUGUUGGAAUGUCUUUGGGUAUCGAGCGUAUCUUCAGUGUUCUUGAGUCAAAAGUAGCAAAUCGUGGCUUGAAAACACGAACGACCGAAGUUCAGGUGUUCGUAGCUGCAGCUCAGAAAAACUUGCACGAAGAACGCAUGAAGAUCAUUACCGAGCUCUGGGAUUCCAACAUCAAAGCCGAACACUCGUAUAAAAAGAGUCCGAAACUUCUUGCACAACUACAAUAUUGCGAAGAACAAGGCAUACCCUUGGCUAUUGUUAUUGGCGAGGGAGAAAUUAAAGCUGGAAUUGUGAAAUUGAGAGAUGUGAAAUCUCGCGAAGAAAAAGAGGUAUCACGAGAAAAUUUAGUGGAGGAACUUCAAAAGCGGUUGGAUGGAAUGGUUUUGACUAGUGAACACUAAUUGUAUAAAAUUAAUUCUUUUUCAAUUGUUCACGCGUUGUAUCGAUUAAUAUUUUCCUAUAAUUUCCGAAAUGUAUUUUACGCAUUAUUUUAUAUUAGUUGUCCACUCGUGUCACUUUAUGAAGCGCAAUAUAAGCAAAAUGUUAGAGUUUCAAACAAUGUACUUGCUUUGAAACUACGUGAUUAAUGUAACUAUCAAAAUGUGCUUCACAUAAUCGAACGAGCAUAUUAAAAAAAGGAACAAAUCUGCUGCUUAUUUCAUCUAUAAAAUAAAAAGUGAGCACGAGUAAAAGAAUAUACCAAAACAAAGUUGAUUGUUGCAUUGAGUGCAUUAUAUCUCCGAAAAAACAUGAAUUGUUCAUAACUUGCUGCAUUUUUAUACAAACAUUUCAUACAAUUAUCUACUGUGGAAAAUGUAAAUAGAAUUAAUAGUAGUGUACAUACACCUUUUGCUGUUUAGCCAAUUUUAGGAAUACCUAAAAUGUUGACAUUUUUUAAGGUAUUGACAUUUAUUAAUAAAUUUUGAUGAAUCUUACUCAAAGUAAAACAAGUCUUGAUCAUGAUCUUAUUGAAUGAAAUCUGAAUGAUGAUGUUUGUGGAAUUUAUAUUCAGUAUAUACUUGAUUAAAACAAUUUUAUCUAUA